CCGGUAGCCGUCUAAGAAAUACAAUGUUCUUACGGUAGAUGUCGCUAGGAUCCCCUAGACCCAUAUGGUGGGAAAAUUUGCUGCCUAUGGAUGAGGCCUUGGUGGCUCAGAUGGCAGAGCGCUGGAGUAUCGAUCCAGAGGCCGUGAGUUCAAGUCUCAUCCAAGGCAGUAAUUUUUCCACUUUUAAAUUUAUUCUAAGCUAAAUAUUAAUAGGCCCAGACGGAGAUGGUGGGAAAGUUUGCUGCCUAUGGAUGAGGUCUUGGUGGCUCAGAUGGCAGAGCGCUGGAUUAUCGAUCCAGAGGCCGUUAGUUCAAGUCUCACCCAAGGCAGUAAUUUUUCCACUUUUAAAUUUAUUCCAAGCUUAAUAGCAUCGAUCGCAGACGUUUCUGCUUGUUGAUAAUUAAUUAAUUUAGUAUUUGUUUUUAAUAUUGAGACCAGGGGAUGAAAUAUUUCUGCUUAUUAUAAAAAUACAGUAAAAUUGAUUACAAGUACGACCUUAUCCCAUCACAGUCUAAAAUUUCGAGCGCCAAAAAUGCGUAGGUGUAAUCAAAUUGGUUUUCAGAAGCUAAUAAAUGAACAAGACGUAGUAAAUAUUAAUUGAAAGAAAAAAGCUAUACACAAAACAAUAUAUGUAUUAAGGCGAUAUUUAUAAUUUAAGUUACCAUAACUUUUAUUGUACAUCGUACCCGUAUAUGAUACAUGUGAAAAAUGUUAGCGUUAUACCACGUUAAAUUGGCAGCGAUUUUCAUAGCACAGACUGUGUGUGCAUAUUUCUAUGAUAUUUUAUUUUAUUUUUUAUAUGUUAGCCUGUUGUGUCCCACUGCUGAGUAAAGGCCUCCCUCUCUUUAUUUCACGCAUCUCAGUCUAUGACAGUAUUAGGCCAAUCCUUCCAAUAGACGUCCAGAUCGUGCCGCCAUUUCCUUCGAGGUUUGCCGUGACGUCGCACUAUGUUUGGUGUCCACUCGGUAGUUUGCUUGGCCUACAAGUCGUUUGGCAUACGGCAGAUGUGUCCGGCCCAGUCUUAUUUAAGCUAAGCGGCUGUCUGGGCUAUGUCGGCUACUUGGGUUUUGAAGCGCGAGUUGGAAUUUCUGAUUCUGUCAGUCAGUUUGACACCAAUAAUACUGCGCUCCAUUGAUGACCUAUGAUACCUAUGAUGGAUGAGCUAUGAUAUUAUGACUUUAAAAAUAAAACUUGAACACUGUGCUAUCAAAAUCGCUGCCAAGUUAGCUUGGUCUAAAAGUACUUUCAGUAAAAUAUACACAAGCAAAAGUUUUCAAGAAAAAAUAAAACCAUUAAGCACAAUUCACUGAACUGCCACUAACUGUCAAUUAGAAUGUCAAAGCUGCGGUUUGCGAUAACGGGUACGUCAUGUUCGAUCGGUUGACAUGUCAAUUUGAUAGUUUUUGUCUAUACAAGGUAUAAAAAACAAAUAAUCUUACUUGUGUCGCAAUGGUUUGUGUGAUUCGCGAAAUUCAAGAACGCGCCCCAAUAAGUCGUAAACUGGGGCAUUUGGCAAUUUUCGACGCGGUAUAUAUAUAAAAAGCCUUGGUGAUUAUACACCAUCAGUCUUGUUCUGGACAUAUCAGUUGCAACUUCAAAAAUGAAAUUCUUAGUGCUGUUUGCUGUUUUGACCUGUGUGGCUGCUGCUCCAUUGUAUGUGGCCGAAGAUGUUCACAUUACUCUGCCAUCCAAAACAACUAUCACUCAAAGCAGUGUAGCAAUCAAUCAUGGAGGUGACGUGGUUGCUAGCGUACCAGCAGUUCACAGUGUGCCAGUGGUACCAGUCCACCCGAUUCAUAUUUUGCACGCCGAACCCAAGAAAACUACAAUAACCAAGAGCAAUUUGUCCAUAAACCAUGAUAUUCAAGAUAUGAGCAAUAAUCUGAAAAAGGUACCUUCUGCACAACCACCACCCUCGAAGACUUUUAAUAUGUUUACCUGGAGACCACAAGGUAUAAACAAUACCAAUUUUCAAAACUACACGAAUCAUUUCUCCUGAGCCCCUAGUGUAAAUUUAUUCGAUUUCGUGACGUGCCGUACGCGUUUGCGUUAAGUCUCAUUUAGUAUGGGAUUUAGAAACAGCGCCCCAAGCGGAACGUUUUGGAAACUCAAAAUCCCAUACAAAAUUAGACUUAACGCAAUCGCGUAUGUCACGUUAUGCCAUCGAAUACAUUUACCCUAGAGGUACAGAUUUUAAUAAUUUUCUUGAGCUAAAAGUUCAACUACGUUUUCUUGUAUUCAUUUUGGUACCUGCAAUUUGUUUUAAUCUAACACAGAAAUAUUGUUUACAUUGAAAUGUCAUAAAGUGACUGUUAUGACAAGUCAACUGGGGCCUAUUUCUCGUACGUUACAAGUCUUGUAAUACAAGUGUGUAUCUAUGGUAACGCUUGUAUUU